AUGCCUCCUUCAUCACUCCAUCUCGAUCGUCCAUCCACCGCUUCGACCAUCCACCUCGAUACCAACUACUCUGACCAUGGCGGGCUCCGGCCUCAGGACAAUCGGCAGAGUAAUUACAACAACUUCGGUCCACCGCAUCAACUAUCACCUCGGUUAUCCACCUCGAUCCGAACUAGUCUGACCGUGGCGGGCUGUUUUACCCCUUCGAUCAUCCAACUCGAUCAACCACCCACUUCGAUCGACCAUCCACAGUUUCGACCAUCAUCCACGUUAAUCUCAACUAGUCUGACCGUGGCGGGCUACGGCUUCAGGGCAAUCGGCAGACUAGUUGCAACUAUUUCGACUAUCUACUUCGAUCCUCCAUCCAUCCACCCCUUCAACGAUCCACCGCUUCGACCAUCAAUCCACUUCGAUCCCAACUAG